CGCCGCCGCGGACAGCCGGGCGCAUGGGGCCGGCGGCGGCCGGGGCUGCUGCAUGGGCAAGGCGGGCAAGCUCGGCAAGGCGGCGCUGGGCUCCGAGGCGGAGCUGAAGGCGCUGACCCACGCCGUGCUCAAGAGGCUGAAGGAGAAACAGCUGGAGGGGCUUUUGCAAGCCGUGGAGUCCCGAGGGGGCACCCGGACCUCCUGCCUCCUGCUGCCCGGCAAGGUGGACUCCAGACUGGAGUCUCCCCCUCCGCCCUACUCCAGAUAUCCAAUGGAUUUUCUCAAACCAACUGCAGAUUGUCCAGACUCUGUGCCUUCCUCCACUGAAACAGGGGGAACUAAUUGUCUAGCCCCUGGGGGGCUUUCAGAUUCCCAAGUUCUUCAGGAGCCGGGGGAUCGGUCACACUGGUGCGUGGUGGCAUACUGGGAAGAGAAAACGCGCGUGGGUCGGCUGUAUUCUGUCCAAGAGCCCUCCCUGGAUAUCUUCUAUGAUCUACCUCAGGGGAACGGUUUCUGCCUCGGACAGCUCAAUUCAGACAACAAAAGCCAGCUGGUGCAGAAAGUCCGCAGCAAAAUUGGUUACGGCAUCCAGCUGACCAAGGAAGUGGACGGCGUAUGGGUAUACAACCGCAGCAGUUACCCAAUCUUUAUCAAGUCGGCCACACUGGACAACCCCGACUCCAGGACGUUGCUGGUUCACAAAGUGUUUCCAGGAUUUUCCAUCAAGGCUUUUGACUAUGAGAAGGCGUACAGCUUACAGAGGCCUAACGACCAUGAGUUCAUGCAGCAACCAUGGACCGGCUUUACUGUUCAGAUCAGCUUUGUGAAGGGCUGGGGCCAGUGCUACACAAGACAGUUUAUCAGCAGUUGCCCGUGCUGGUUGGAGGUUAUUUUUAAUAACCGAUGACUCGAGACAGAGUGGACUCAUGACAUUUAUAACUACUUUGCUGCUAAUAUUUCCUUCUGAGUGCUUGCUUUUCAUGCAAACUUUUUUGUUUGUUUUGGUUUUUUUUGUUUUGUUUUUUUCUGUUUUGAGAAAUAGCUUAUGGAAAGAUUUUUUUUUUUUUGCCUUGGUAUUUUGAUGAAUAUAUAUAUAUUUUUUUUAAAAGUGUGAAUGACCAACAACUCGGAAGGAGAAGGUGUGGGAGGGGAUUACAUCAGAUAAUCAUUUCAUGCCUCUGAAAUUAUUCCCCUAUAUGAUGAGUGGCAUUCGGAGUUACUUGCCGUUUGUUAUAGCUCCCGCUCUCGGAUACCAAAACAAGAUACCUAGAUGUUAUACAGACCUGAGUUCUACUACUGCAAGACAUCUCGUCUUCCCUUUUGUGACGAGGAGUGUGCACGUGCCCUCUUUCUCUCUCCUCGCUCUUUCUCCCCCUCUCUCGCACACACAAGGGCCAUCUCUCUCUCUAGUUUCUGCCUUGAGGUGGCACAUUCCAGAUGCUACUUGUCAAAGCAUGGCACACUUUGCUCAUGUGAAGUCAAACUGAGACCCUCUCCCCCCUUUCCCACUGCCCCCACAGUGACAACGCCAUGUUGCCACUGACACACAACGAAUGUACGUGCCCACGCACACAGGCAGCACCGGGAGUGAACGCAGUGAAGUGAAAACCUUGCUAAUAAGUUACUUAGCCUUCUUUAUUUUAUUUUAUUUUAUUUUGUGUAUGCUUGUUGGUUUAUUUAAGAUCACGUCUUGCCACUGUGUUAUGCUGACAGUCCAUCGUGGGAGCGUGGGUUUUGGAAGGAGCAUGCCCAUUCUUUCAGUGCUUUUUAUCGUUUCUUGAUACAGGAAAAAAAAAAAAGAAAAACAUGCAUGGCCCACGCUUUUCAAUUUGAGCUGAGAUGCAGACUUGGUGAGAAAAUAUAAGCCUAAAGAAAACGAUAACAAACAGGAAAAAAGUAUUCAGACUAUUUGGUCCAUCAUAACCUGCCUUGACCAGGUUAUAACGGUACCAUUUGUAUCCAGAAAUGCAGUCAUUCUUUCAUUUCGUCUUGAAUUCAUACGCACGUAUGAUACUUUUACACUGUUCUUAGCUCAAUGAGCAUGUUUAGACCUUAACAUAAGCUAUUUUUCUAAAUAUAAAGGUUUAAAUGAACAAGAGAGCAUUCUCAUUGGAACUUUAGCAUUGUAGUGCUUUGGAAAUAAAACAAAACAACAAAAAAAAAGGACUCCUAAAAAAAACAAACAACCCUGAGAUUUAUUAAAGAAAAAUUGUAUUUUAUGUUAUAUAUAAAUAUAUUAUUACUUGUAAAUAUAAAGACGUUUUAUAAGCAUCAUUAUUUAUGUAUUGUGCAAUGUGUAUAAACGAGAAAAAAUAAGAAAGAUGCACUUUGCUUUAAUAUAAAUGCAAAUAACAAAUGCCAAAUUAAAAAAACAAACAAACAAACACGAGAUUGGUGUUUUUUUCUAUGGGUGUUAUCAUCCAGAUGAAUGUUUUUUCUAAAGGAGUUUAUGUUCCAUUAAAAAAUAAAAAUGUA